CUCUCCCAAACGAAACCCUACCCUAAACCAAACCCUAUCAAAGUUCAGAGGCUCAGUUGCGGCACCUUCAAACUUCAGAGCCCCCUCUCUGUCCGAGCUCACUUCCCUUCCUCCCAGCCCCCACCAUCGCCGAAGGCAGAAACCCCCACUCUAUUCACUGCGUAUCUCAACUCAGUCUCUCUUCACUGCGUGCGCCGUGGCUGCUUCUUCGCUCUUCGCCGUGCGUCGUUUCUGCUUCUUUGCCUCCUCGCCAGUCUUGCUGUUGCUUCCCUGCUUCGCGUCGUGUCUCGCCGUCACUGCGGGGUGGUCUCUGCUCCUCUGAUUUUAGGUAACUCUGUCUCACACUCUCCGAGCUCACUCUGUCAUUGCCGUUCAUCUCUCGCCAUCUCUCCGUGAAGAGAUACUCGUUGCCACAGCCCACAAGCACUUCAAAACCCUGGUUGCUAUCUUCAUUAUCAUGGGGAAGAAGAAGUUCAUCGACAAGAAGAAAUCCGCAACAUUCCAGCUUCUGGCUCGAGACACAUCUGACCCGUCCUUCGGCAACUCUCCCGGUGCUGACUGUGUCUUCGUCCGGGUUGACAAGAACCCACUCCCUGCCGCCGAUUUCAUCUCUGCCGGUGACGACUAUGACAACAGAAAUUCUGUGUUUGAUGAUGCUCCUGGUGACGAUGAAAGUGAUGAUGCUGGCGACUUUGCUUUCAGCAGCUCAACGAGCUCUAUGCCGCUGGGGAGCCGUGGUUUUGUUGGUUCGGUGGGGGCAACGCCGCUUCCAGAGGAGGUGAGAAGGGAGAUUCUGGAACUAGGGUUCCCCGAUGAUGGGUAUAAUUACUUGAUUCAUUUGAGGGAAAUCAAGAAUGCUGGUGGUGGCUCUGCGUAUUAUCAAAACCCUAAGUUCAGGGUUGAAGACAUCCCUCGUGACGUAAAGGCAUAUGAUGCUUCAAGAUUGAAAAUCUCAGAAGUUGAUGGUGAGCCCGAGCCAGAUUCUAUAUACAGUGUAGCAUCGAAGACUACUACUGUAAGGGUUCAGAAAGUGGUUGAUCCUGAAGUAGCAGCUUUGCUCGACGAUAGUGAUUUAUCACGGUUUGGCUCUGAUGUUGAAGAUUUGGAGGAAGACUUUGUUGUGAGGGCGAACCUCCACGAAGAUGGUGAUAAUGUAGAAGAGAAGGCACAUAUAUGUGAUGGUAAGAAUUUUGAAGAAUCAAUGACAAAUGGAAACCAAAACAAUGCACAUGAAUUGCAAGUUUCUUCACAUACCAGAGUUACAGAUAGUCUUGGGUCCUUGGGUGGUGUUGCAAAUGGUGCGACUGGAGUGGGUUGCGCUGAUGAGAAGGAAAGAGCUCGUCGCCUGUUGGACGAACAAUUUGAUUUGUUUGAACGCCAAGAAUAUGGAACUGAUGACAACGAUGAUGAUGAUGAUGAUGAUGAUUCUUAUGAACAUUACGGGGCUGAAGAAGAUGGAUCCCUUGCCGAGAAGCUGAAGUGCUGUCUAAACAACGAUAUGAUGGAUGACCUGGAACACAACGAUGACAAGUAUAAGGUUCCAGCUGAUAUAUUGAAGAAUAAAGAGGGACCAAAGGUUGAGGAAGAGGAUUGUGCUGCUGAUGUGAUUCGCCGUUGCAAGGAGUAUGCCGAGGUGUACGAAGUUGAAGAAGAUGGAGACAACGAUGUUGUACUUGUUGAAGAAAGUAGCGAUGAAUCAGAAGUUUGGGAUUGUGAGACAAUUGUUUCAACAUAUUCGACUUUAGAUAACCAUCCUAGAAAGAUAGAUGCACCCGAAGUAGCCAGGAAAAAGAAGUUGGCUGGAACUGUGUCUGCAGCCAUGAGUUCCUCUAGUCAAUUAAUAUCCCUUAGAGGAAAAGAGAAACUGCCUCUAGACUUCUUGCCCGGUAAUAAAAGUACUUCCGCUGAAAGGGUUAAAGGGCUGAGCACUGCAAGAAUCGAGUAUAAGAGAAAGCCACAUGGUCUAGAGACAAAGGAGGAGAAAAAAGAACGAAAGGCUGCUGUGAAGGAGGAGCGGCGAGAAGCAAGACGCAUGAAAAAAGAAAUGAAGGAUCUUUAUAGGAGUGAAGCACAUCGUGCGCAGAGAGUUGCUGCCAUAUCUGGGCCUGCUUCUAUUCAUCUUUUGUAGGUUUUCAAUUAUAAAGGUUUUGCCUGCUAGUUGCUGCUACUCAUCAAAUUCUCGGAAGAAAUGGUUACAUAAUGACAUUAUGCAAAUUUAAAUUAAUAUCCCAAAAUGGUGCCAUUAGCCCAUUACUUCGUGUUUCUGAUAUACGCUUUAAAUGAGAGGUUCCAAAUUCUGUGCCUUGUUCCAAAUUCGUGUUUUAUUUUUAUACUUAUUCUACAAACAUGAGAGAACUAUGGGUCACAAGCUUUUCCCUUUCCUUGUUUUGUUUAUGUAAUGUAACAGAGUAAGCAGGAUUCUAUUUUUCGUUUAUCGUUUAUUAGCUCUAUUA